GUAACUCUACCAAAAAGAAAAGGAUAAUUGAUUUUUAAACCCUAAUUGCUUUGUGCCGAAACCCUAUUCUAUACCGAUCGAUUGUAUUGCAGAGAAGAGAAGAAACACAGAAAGCCAAAGGGGGAAGAAGAAGAAAGAAGGAGGAGGAAGAAGAAGAUGGCUCGUAAUGAAGAGAAGGCGCAGUCUAUGCUGAACAGGUUCAUCGCCCUCAAGGCAGAGGAGAAGAAGAAGCCCAAGGAGCGCCGUCCCUUCCUGGCCUCUGAAUGCCGCGACCUCUCAGAAGCCGACAAGUGGCGCCAGCAGAUCAUGCGCGAGAUCGGCCGCAAGGUCGCCGAGAUCCAGAACGAAGGCCUCGGCGAGCAUCGCCUUCGCGACCUCAACGACGAGAUCAACAAACUCAUACGCGAGAAGUCUCACUGGGAGCGUCGCAUCGUCGAGCUCGGCGGCCCUAACUAUGCUCGCCACUCUGCCAAGAUGACUGACCUUGAAGGCAACAUUGUCGACGUCCCUAAUCCCGGCGGCCGCGGCCCUGGCUACCGCUACUUCGGCGCCGCCAAGAAGCUCCCAGGCGUCCGCGAGCUCUUCGAGAAGCCUCCUGAGCUUCGCAAGCGGCGCACUCGGUACGACAUCUACAAGAGAAUCGAUGCCAGCUACUACGGUUACAGGGAUGACGAGGACGGCGUGCUGGAGCGUCUCGAGGGGCCUGCGGAGGAGAAGAUGCGGCGCGAGGCGGCGGAGGAGUGGAUGCGGCUGGAGGAGGUGAGGAAGGAGAGGGAAUUCGUGGUGCACGUGCCGCUGCCGGAUGAGAAGGAGAUCGAGAAGAUGGUUCUGGAGAAGAAGAAGAUGGAGCUUCUCAGUAAGUAUGCCAGUGAGGGUCUCUUGGAGGAACAAACUGAGGCUAAGGACAUGCUUAACAUUCAUCGUUAGGGUUAGAAAUUUACAUGUUAUAGCAUCACCAUCUAAUUACUUAUUGAUUUAGCUGUUCUAUGACAAUUUUCCAAUUCUAUGAAUGAGAAGGAAAUUACAGAAGAGGAUUUUAUAGGAGAAGUUUUAACUCUCAUGGAUGAAUUGCUAAUGAUUUUGUUGUUAUCUAUCUGGUGGUAUGACUAAAAAUGCUGUACAUUAGUGAGAAUACUGGCUUAUUACAUCAUGUAAAUGGCAUAUGCUGGUUA